GCGCGAGGUGGACGGGGCUGUAAACGCUGGCGGAGACAAAGCAGUGGCAGUGGUUGCUGUAGCGGAGACGGCAGAAAAGCCCUAAACGCCGAAUUUCGUGGUGCUGGGUCCUGUCAUCUUAACAUCCUGCGCGGCGCGCGGGCGGCAGCGGCGGAGGCGGCGGAGGCGGAGGCAGCACAUGGUUCCAAGAGCGCGCUGCGGUUGUUGGGUUCCAGUUCCGCGGGGAGGGACAAAGGCAGCUGCGAGCUCCAGGCAACGCCCGAUCGGGUGGUGCGCUUGCCACUGCCCUCGAUCCGGGCCUUGAAAGCUGAGACUAACUCCUCUUUGUGAGGAGGCGGCCACAGGACCGAGGCCACAGAACCGAGGCCCGGGAAGGGCUUGAAGGGCUGAGGCCGCUGAGGGAGUGGGGGAGGGGCGCGGCCGCCUGAGGUGAUUUGGGCGGGUUAAUUGUGAGGCGUUUCUGUGGGCCAGUGUGAGGUAAUUUGACCCACCACCCUGUGGAGAUUGGGGCGGGACAGCAAGCUGGGUUUGAUUGGGUUUUGAAAAAAGAAGUCGUCAGUCGGCGCCUAGCACCUCUUUUCAGUUGGGAAGUGGUGAAACUAGCGCCAUAUGUACUCCAUCGACGUCGUGGCCACCAUCCUAGGGCCUAUAUAAGGACCGGCACACCUCGUGGCGAAGACAUGGGUGAAUGUUCAGUUUUAUGACAGAAGUGGGUAAAUUUCCGGAUUGGUAAGUUUCCGGAUUAGUUAAAGAAAUUUAGGGGAACAACAAAAAUAAGGCUCAAAAAGAAAAAAAAAAAAAAAAAAAAAAACGAAGAACGUGAAGACGUGAAGAUGAAGCAGUAAUAAACCACCAUCUCAAGGACCGUCUGUCUAUUCCUGGACCAUCCACUUACCACUUGGAUUGUCUGAAUUGAACUAUCGAAACUUAACUCUUAAAGUUCCUUGGACCGCAGGUUUAUGACGUAGUUCUUUCCAAAAUAUUACGUCAUAGUCGUUGAGAAGAUUAAAACGUACUUGAGAUCAAUUGCAGUUCAAAAAAAUCUGAGUAUAUUUUGGAUAGAUACUAGGUAACUCGUGUCAACUCUCAGUAAGCAGCACAGACCAGACGGAAUCCUGGAAAAUCUCCAUUAUAUAUAUUUCUCAGUGGGUAAAAGACUGGAGACAUAGCAGACAUGGCUUUCACAAAUUACAGCAGUCUGAAUCGAGCUCAGCUAACCUUUGAAUAUCUACACACAAAUUCAACCACUCAUGAAUUCUUGUUUGGUGCUCUUGCUGAACUGGUUGAUAAUGCAAGAGAUGCUGAUGCCACCAGAAUUGAUAUUUACGCAGAAAGACGAGAGGACCUUCGAGGAGGAUUUAUGCUUUGCUUUUUGGACGAUGGAGCAGGAAUGGAUCCAAGUGAUGCCGCCAGUGUGAUCCAGUUUGGCAAGUCGGCCAAACGAACACCUGAGUCUACCCAGAUUGGGCAGUACGGGAAUGGGUUAAAAUCGGGCUCAAUGCGCAUUGGGAAAGAUUUUAUCCUCUUCACCAAGAAGGAAGACACCAUGACUUGCCUCUUCCUGUCUCGUACCUUUCAUGAAGAAGAAGGCAUUGACGAAGUGAUUGUCCCAUUGCCUACCUGGAAUACUCGGACGCGGGAACCUGUCACAGACAAUGUGGAGAAGUUUGCUAUUGAGACAGAACUCAUCUAUAAGUACUCUCCCUUCCGCACUGAAGAGGAAGUGAUGACCCAGUUCAUGAAGAUUCCUGGGGACAGUGGAACACUGGUGAUCAUCUUUAAUCUCAAACUAAUGGAUAAUGGAGAGCCUGAACUAGACAUAAUCUCAAAUCCAAGAGAUAUCCAGAUGGCAGAGACCUCCCCAGAGGGCACGAAGCCAGAGCGUCGCUCCUUCCGAGCCUAUGCUGCUGUGCUCUAUAUUGAUCCCCGAAUGAGGAUCUUCAUCCAUGGGCACAAGGUGCAGACCAAGAGACUGUCUUGCUGCCUGUACAAGCCCAGGAUGUACAAGUACACAUCAAGCCGUUUCAAGACCCGUGCAGAGCAGGAGGUGAAGAAAGCAGAGCAUGUCGCACGAAUUGCUGAAGAGAAAGCUCGGGAGGCAGAGAGCAAAGCUCGGACAUUAGAAGUACGCCUGGGUGGAGAUCUCACUCGGGACUCGAGGGUGAUGUUGCGACAGGUCCAGAACACAGCCAUUACCCUGCGCAGAGAAGCUGAUGUCAAGAAGAGAAUCAAGGAGGCCAAGCAGCGUGCACUCAAAGAACCUAAGGAACUGAAUUUUGUUUUUGGGGUCAACAUUGAACACCGAGACCUAGAUGGCAUGUUCAUCUAUAACUGUAGCCGCCUGAUCAAGAUGUAUGAGAAAGUGGGCCCACAAUUGGAAGGGGGCAUGGCCUGUGGAGGGGUUGUUGGGGUUGUCGAUGUGCCCUACUUGGUCCUGGAGCCUACACACAAUAAGCAGGACUUUGCUGAUGCCAAGGAAUACCGGCACCUGCUGCGGGCUAUGGGGGAGCAUCUGGCACAGUACUGGAAGGACAUUGCCAUUGCCCAGCGUGGAAUUAUCAAGUUCUGGGAUGAGUUUGGCUAUCUCUCUGCCAACUGGAAUCAGCCCCCAUCCAGCGAGCUGCGUUAUAAACGCCGGAGAGCUAUGGAAAUCCCAACCACCAUUCAGUGUGAUUUGUGUCUGAAGUGGAGGACCCUCCCCUUCCAGCUGAGUUCAGUGGAAAAAGAUUACCCCGACACCUGGGUUUGCUCCAUGAACCCUGAUCCUGAGCAGGACCGGUGUGAGGCUUCUGAACAGAAGCAAAAGGUUCCCCUGGGGACAUUCAAAAAGGACCUGAAGACCCAGGAAGAGAAGCAGAAGCAGCUGACAGAAAAAAUUCGCCAGCAGCAGGAGAAGCUGGAGGCCCUUCAGAAAACCACACCCAUCCGCUCCCAAGCUGACCUGAAGAAAUUGCCCUUGGAAGUGACCACCAGACCUUCCUCUGAGGAACCUGCACGGAGACCUCAGCGUCCUCGGUCACCCCCUUUACCAGCUGUGAUCAAGAAUGCACCAAGCAGACCUCCUUCUCUGCAGACUUCCAGACCAGCCAGCCAAACUCGAAAAGCCCCUGUCAUCAGCAGCCUUCCAAAGCCACCUACUCUGGCUGCCCGGGUAGAGGCCAGUACCUCCAGGCUUCUCCAGCCACCAGAGGCACCUCGAAAACCUACAAACACUUUGGUUAAGACUGUGCCCCGCCAGGCCCCUCUGGUGCAGCCACUGUCACCAUCUCUGUUGCCUAACUCCAAGAGCCUUCGAGAGGUCCCUGCUCCCAAAACCAUCAAGAAUCCAGUGGUCAAGAAGCCAGAGCCACCCAUUAAACUCUCCCCAGCUACCCCUGGUCGGAAGCGGAGUCUUGGGGUCUCUGAUGAGGAAGAAGCUGAGGAAGAGACUGAGAAGAGGAAGGAGCGGUGCAAGCGGGGCAAAUUUACUGUGAAAGAGGAAAGAAAGGAAUCAAAUGAGCUCUCAGACAGUGCUGGGGAAGAGGACCCAGCUGACCUCAAGAAAGCUCAGAAAGAUAAAGGGCUGCACGUGGAGGUACGUGUGAACAGGGAGUGGUACACGGGCCGUGUCACAGCUGUGGAGGUGGGCAAGCAUGUGGUACGGUGGAAGGUGAAGUUUGAUUAUGUGCCCACAGAUACGACUCCAAGAGAUCGCUGGGUGGAAAAAGGCAGUGAAGAUGUGCGGCUGAUGAAGCCACCCUCUCCAGAGUAUCAGAGCCCUGACACACAGCAAGAGGGUGGGGAGGAAGAGGAGGCCGUAGUGGCUCAGCAGGCUGUAGCCAUGGCAGAGCCCUCCACCUCUGACUGUAUCCGCAUUGAGCCUGAUACCACUGCCCCAAGCACCAACCAUGAGACAAUUGACUUGCUGGUCCAGAUUCUUCGGAAUUGCUUAAGGUAUUUCCUGCCUCCGAGUUUCCCCAUCUCUAAGAAGGAACUGAGUGCUAUGAAUUCAGAUGAGCUAAUAUCUUUUCCCUUGAAAGAGUACUUCAAGCAGUACGAAGUAGGGCUCCAGAAUCUGUGCCAUUCCUACCAGAGCCGUGCUGAUUCACGGGCCAAGGCUUCUGAGGAAAGCCUGCGCACCUCUGAGAGGAAGCUCCGUGAGACAGAGGAGAAGCUGCAGAAACUAAGGACCAACAUCGUGGCACUCCUGCAAAAGGUGCAGGAGGACAUAGACAUCAACACAGAUGAUGAGCUGGAUGCCUACAUCGAGGACCUCAUCACCAAGGGGGACUGAGUGGCUGGGAGCCAGAGACCAACUCCCUUGCCUACCCACCCCUCAACACAGCUUCCGGGGAGGGGGAUUUCAUUCAUGGGUUGGUAGACUUAACCUUGGUUUAACUCACGUGGGACAUUUGUGCUUUUGGAGGGAAAGAUACUCUGAUUCUUUGAAUCUUCCUCCCUAAGUUUAUAAAUAUUUAUUUUUUAAAAGAAACAAGAUGCUCUGCCUACUGUGAGACCAUACUUUUUUUGUGUGACUCUUUGGCAAAGGAUACUUUUGCCACCCCAGGUUGCUCAGGCUGAGCCACUUAUGCUCCUGGCUCCUCAAGAUACAGAAGUGGUGAGGUUAGCACCAUCCUGAAGCUGGAGCAGCUCCAAGGAUGGGGGUGGUUUCUCUCUUAGUGGAUGAACAAUGUGGGGAUCUGAGGGACGGAGGUGGGAGGUGAAUUCCCCAGAGCAGUAUGGCCUCUAGGGGCUUGGAUUUGGGGACCCACAAGGACCAGAGGGAUGCUCCUCUUGCAGCUCCCAUCCUAGCUCAUGGCUGUGAGAUUCUGCAGUUGACCUAAGCAGCUGUUAAAAGAGUUAUGGUGUUGUCCAGUUUGGGAAAGAAAAGAAUGAUCCUGUCAACACUUCCCCAUCCACUAAGUUCUGUCUGAAGGAGUGAUUUCCUCAGUUAACUAUGGACAAGGAAAUUUUCCACUUCAGUAGCUUGAGUCCAGGUUGAAGAGUAGACAACCUGGUCUCUACCUGGGUAGCACUUAGGAAUGUUAAUUCCAAAGGAUUCCUCAGGGAAGGAGCAGGUGCAUGAAAGAUCCCUGGUGCUGAGCUGGCAGAGGCCUCCGUCUGUGACUGCCUCAGGAGUGCCUACUGCUGUUAUUCUACUUAUUCCCUCUGCCAGGCCUCACGAAGCCCCUGCACAGUCCCUGCUCCAGGGGAGCCAAGAAGGUUUAGGGAGCCCCUGACUGCAGGGACUUCAGAAGCAGCUCUGCAGGAAGCACACCUGACCUUCCUUCCCUGUCCAGUUCCAGUCCUAGAAGCUGUGUCCCUCAAGUAACAACAACUCAGGGUCAAAGACAAAGGCAAGAGCUGCUGAGUUUUCUCUGUUGACUGUUGGAAGAAUUCUGGUCCCAUUUCCCCUAACUCUUCCCACUCCUAUUUGAGGCCUGUGGUGGCACAAGAACUGUUACCUUUUAUUACUGAUCUGUGAUUCAAACCUC